GAGUUGGAUAUAGAUGUGUGGGAUGAACCUAGCACUUGCCUCCCAGAGUAAAAUAGUUUGCCCUGUUGUGAUGAGUCUCUCUUGUUUUCGAACUCAGUACCCCUGACUCACUGCUUCCUUUUGUCAUUGCACAAGAUGACGUCCCACAGUCACAGCUUUCAGUGUUUUGAUGCUGUUGUGGAAAAGCCAUUUUUAACUGCUGGGCAUAACUUUGCAUCACCCAACAGUAGCACAUGUAGUAAAACACACUUGGAGCAGCUGGAAAAUUGUAGAUGUUCCCUGUGUUCAGAAUCCCAGCAAGCCAAGCCGAUGACUUCAGAAGUCUCAGGCAAUCAGCCUCCUUCAUGGUACCAACCCCAAAUCCCAAGCCACCAGCAUACACACAGAAGGCCCAUGCGGCCGGAGGGGAAUCCAGUAUAUGGUGCAGCACAUCAUCACAAUAACCACCACCAAUACCACACCCACAGGCACCGCAAGAGGAUUGUACUUGUGAAGAAUAGUAACCCGUCCAUCCAGAAAACCAUUCUGCUGCACCGCAAGCCUGUGCACAGCCUUUGUGUCUUUAUGGAUGACGUAUCUGAACUCAUGCAGUGUCUCAUUAGAAAGCUGUACACUCUGGAUGGGCACAGGGUUGACAACAUUCAGAGUCUCUUACAGGGCCCCAGUAUCUUGGUUUGUGUGGGCCGUGAACCGUUCCACCCACUAUUGUUGGACAGUAUCCAGAAAAAUUCCGAGGUUAAACUUCCAAAACUGAUCUUAAAAACAAGGUCCAGUACCCGCAUGGAGGAUCAAGGGUACAAGAAAAAUGGUAUGUGUUGUGUAUCAGCAAAGACACCGUUGGCUUACCUCAACUUUGGUUUGAAAUCCAAGAAGAGCAUUUCACCAGGUCAUUUUCCUGAAGCCAGAGAGAAUAUGCUGGAUGAUGACAUUGAGAAGCGGGUGCUAGUAAAUAAGGAUGGUAGCUUGUCGAUGGAGAUGAAAGUGCGGUUUCGACUGCUAAAUGAUGAGACUUUGCAUUGCUCUACAGAAAUUAAGAAAUCCUCAUGCACAUUUAAUGUGUCCUUUCCGGAACAAGACAAUGUGGACUAUCCCCAAUGUGGCCACAGUGAAAGUUGCUCAGAGGUAGAGUCCCUGUCCGCUAGUGAAGCUGAAGACGUUUACAUACCCAGACUUUGCCAGAAGCAUUUGCAAGAGCCACACUGUCAACUCUGCUGCACUCACUGUCAGGAGUAUGACAUUUGGAAAAAUCCAACCCUUAGAAAGCAGGAAACACUGAGACACGUUGGAUCCACAAACUUGAAUGCAUCAUCUCAUAAAGUAAAAUGCAAAACGGAAUAUUUCGAUAGAAUGAAUACCACGUCAUGUGAGGAAUACACUGAACAGGUAGUCAAAAAGGCAACCUGCAUUGAGCACACUGUUGGGGAGAGGGACAAAGGGGACAACACGGUUCAAUACUGUACCAUCAGUCGCUGCUCUGGUCAUAGUGAAGAUCAGAUGAGUGUCCAGAUUACCCAUGUUUCAAUAGAAGAUGAAAGGCCUUUAUCUGUGGAAACCAAUUCCUCGGAUAUCCUAGCGUCAUUUAAAGAGGACAAAGAUAGAGAGGAACCUGAUCUUUCUCCAUAUAAUUCCAGAGCAUCUCAAAAUAAUAAAAAUAAAACCAAAGAAAUCCAAAAUGCUGAAGAGAACUCAUGUUCAUUCACACCUUGUAAACCAGAAUCUCCAAAUUACUCAAUAUCAAUGAGGUCAUCAAGCAUAGCAUCAAGUUGUUCAGUGAAAUCUAAGACCUCUAGAAAGGUUGUAGUCACAAAAAUACAGAAAAAUGUGAACCAAGAUGGAAACAAUACACCUUCAUCUACACCCCAUAGGUGUGAAAAUAAAGACCCGGCUAUAGAAAAUGGAACAUCUGCAGAGAAAUUGGAGGAAACUUCUCAAAGAACUGAAAAGGGAAGAUCAAGUGUCAGGUCAACCCCUUCAAAUUCACAUACAGACUUAUCAAUAUUCACUUCACAUGUUGUAGCUGAACAAGAAUCUGUGAAUGUGAAAAAUCCAAUUGUAGGAGAUGCCUCAGAAGAAGAAAAUAUCGAAGUGAUAUCACAUGCCAUGUCUGCUGACUCGGAUACAUCUGAGUCUCCAAUACCGAACAACAAAACUGAAAGAACAGGUGAUGAGAAAGUAGCAAGUGUCAUGACAACUAAAUCAAAUGUUUCAACAGGAUCAUAUCAGUCCAGUCUGUCAGAGGUGAAAUGUAAAGAAAGAAAGAAAGCUGAACUACAAAAAGAGGAAAGAGCUCAAAGUGUAAUAUCUGUCCAUUCCGAUGCAUCUACAAUCUCAAAACAGUCAGCGGUUUCAGACCUACUAGCUAAUGGGACUGAAGACCAGACAGAGGAGGUACUGCAUCGUACAAUGACAAUUGUAUCAAGAUCAUCACAAAUAUCAUAUCUUGAAACCUCUGAGUUGCAAGAAAUUGAAGACCAAAUUGAAGAAAGAUCUCCUAGCAUCAUGUCUGUCCAAUGUGGUAAUUUUGAAACCAGUCCUGAAAGACUUGUGAAAGUACAGUCUGAUGAAAGUAGAACAUCUGCUUUGUCGACCAAGACUAACAUAUCAGAUCAAUCAAUGACAUCAAAAAUAUCAGAAGGAAAAUCAAACAUUAAUAAUAGACUGUUAAUGGAUCGAGUACCAAGUGCCAUGUCUGGUAAAUCUGAUAUUUCUGUAAGCUCUAAAACAUCAAAUAUUUGCCACAAGGAUAGUGAUGUAAUAGAAGAAGCAAGAGAGCACCAGGCUCCAAGUGCAAAAUCAAAUCAGUCCAACAACUCCUCAAGAUCAAAUACACCAAAGAUUACAACAGCAGCCCCGAAAGAUAUUUUAGAAGAGGAAAGCUUAAAAAGACCCCCAAGUGUUAUGUCUUCUAAAUGCUCAGUUUCUGUAAGAUCAACGAAAUCCAAACUAAGUGAUGAAUAUAAUUAUAGUACAACUGAAAAGACAGAGCAACUGGAAGACGAAUAUACAACAAGUGUUAUGAAAUUUAAAACAUCUGAUACUACGCUGGAAAAUUCAGGUGAUUUUGAAUACAAUUCAGAAGAGCAGGCUCCAAACACAGUGUCUACAAAAGCAAAUACUACAAGAAGACCAAAGAAGUCAGAAAUGUUGGAAACAAGUAUGGGGGAAAAAGAGGAAAGACCACUAAGUGCUACGUUUUUAAAACCUAGUGUUUCCGGAAAAUCAGAAAAAUGCAAGAUUUCAGAAGCAGCACAGGAUUGUAACCAUGCAGAUGAGAGACUUUCAAGCAUUAUGUCCAGUACAUCAGUGAAAUCUAAGAAGUCAGUAUUUUCUGAUGCACCAUGUGAAAAUCAGCAAGAAGAAAUAAAACAAACAUGUAAAAGGUCACAAAAUGCAUUGUCAGUAAGAUCUCACAGAUCUAAAAAGCCAAAAUCAUCAGAGGCUUCUAGACAAGACAUUUCUGAUGAAGACAACCGAGAAAGAACAUCAAAUAUGUCUUGUAAAUCCAGUCUCUCAGAUAGGUCUAACCUUGCACCUGAUGGGGUAGAUGAUACAGAAUCAACAGAAGAUUUACUUAUGGAAACUGAAACAAAUGAAGAAACAAAAGAUGACAGGGCUGCAAGUGCUCUGUCCUCUAAAUCUCAAAUGUCCAUUGUAUCUAACAAGUCCAAAGACUUAUCCCGGGGGAAAUCACCAACCUCUAAGACAGCAAAAUGUAAUGUUUCUGCUGUCUUAAAGAAGGAUGGAAGUGCUUCCGUUUUAGCAUCACCCACUUCACAUACAUCUGCAAUCGACUUAAUUAAGCCUGAAUCUUUAGCAGUUUUAUCUUCUGCAGAAGAUGAACAACAGAGUACAGACAGAACUCUCAGUGCCAUGUCUGAAAACUCAAAAAGAUCUAAAAAAUCAAAGGAAAAAAUUGUUUCAGACGGUUUUAUAGAACCCGAGGAUGCAAACGAAGAAGCGUUGGUAAAAAGAUCUCCUAGUGCAGUCUCUGCAAAAUCAAACACCUCAAUCAUAUCAAAGGGGUCAGAUACACAAUCAAUGGGGAAAAUUGGCCUUAGAAGCAUUUCCCCUAAAUCUAGUACUUCUGCCAAAAAUAAGAAAUCAAACUGUUCUAUAAUAUCAAGUAAUUCUCCCAAUGUUGAUGCUGGGACCUGGGAAAUAAAGAUAGGGGAAAGGGCACAAAGUGACAUGUCUUCCAAAUCCUGUGUAUCAUCUAGAUCUGUGAAGUCUAUUUCAGCUCUGGCUGGUGGACAGACUGACAUUGUAUGUUUGAAUGAAAGAUCUGAUAGUGCCGUGUCUGGUUUAAAGAUAUCGAUUACAGAAUUUUCAAAUAAUUCUGACACUGAGGAGAGGGCUUCCAGUACUUUAUCUACAAAAUCGAAUAGCAAUUCAGUUCACAACACAUCUGAAAGAGUUUUAACUCCAGCAAGUGCUUCAGUAUCCAUCGGGAUUGUAGAGGAAUAUAAUGUUGAUAGUGCUGAAGAGGAUGACAGUGUGUCUAAAGCCUCAGUAAAUUCUACUGCACAAUUAAACUCAAAAACCGAUGUGUGUUGCAAAGAGUCGUCCAAAACAAUCGACAGCGAAAAUCAGCAGCACAGGCUAACACCAGAUAACAGAGGUAAACGUUCACUGACAGAAGAGACAAUUAUCUCAGACAAAUCCAAGAAAUCUGAAGAAACUCAGAAGAACUCUUGCCAGCCAAUAAUAAGCAGUGAGGUGGCAAAAAAUACAACUGCUAUAAAGAACUCAAAGAAAUCUUCUGGUCGUAGUUUGAGCAGCAGGUCUGGCCAUACAGAUACUGGAUCAUCUAAAGCUAAAGGUUCAAAUCCUCCAGAUGUAUUUGACAAACUAAAUAGUAAAAUGUCCAAUACACUGGUGCAUUUGGAAGUAAAUGGACAAAAGAGUAAUGUUAAUGCUAAAAGUAAACGUGAACGGUCAAGAAGCAAUCUGUCAAAUGACAGAUACGCUAAGAAAGAGGGAAAGAUUUUAAGGCCACAUUCAGCAGACAUGCCUAUUAGUACAGUUUUGAGGCAGAAAUCCAAAGAGCUGGAUUUUUCCCUUGGUGUCUCUAAUCAUAGAUCAUCUCCCUCAAAUAAAAAUGCCAACAAAGUGAAUACAACCAGAGAUUUAAAUAUAUGUGCUAGAAACUGUAAUGGCUCUGUUGUUGCUACAGAUUGUAGUAUGAAUGUCAUUGAUAACAAGAGUGAAAAGAACAGUACCUCCAGUUGCAGACACAGCAGCAGCUCUUUCUCUGAGUUAGUCUCAUCUGUCCUACCAAAGUCUUCUCCUACUGAAGUAGUGAAUGAAUGGUUGAAGAAAAUUCCAAUAGAAAGUGCUUUAUAUGAUGUUUGGGAUGACUUCCAGAAAAACUGUGAGGAAGAAGAAGUAUUGAAGAUGACAGAAGAAGUGAUGACACAUGAAAGAAGAAAUGGAAGGGAGGGAGAUGCUGAUGUAGCUGUUCCCAAGCCAGUAAAAGAGCAAUUACCUGUUGUAAAAAUUGAGAAUAAUGACAGCGAAGUAGGUGAUAUGAAGGAAACUACCAAAGAAAACAUUCAACCCUGCACUUUUCCUGAUGUCCCUUCUUCUGUCCAGCUUAUGAGAAUUUUACUUAGUCCCAAACUUGAAAGAUGUAACAGUUUACCAGAGGUAUCCCCUGUUUAUGCAAGAAAACUUAGCAUGUCAGCAAGAGGAUUUUUAGACAGCCUGGUAAACCUUAAUUUGUUAGAUUUUAACCCCAAUGAUGUUAAUGGCAAAGAUGAAAAAUAUAGCAAUCUCAUGAAAAUGCUUCGGACUCUUUGGAUUUGUGACCCUCCUGACAGCAUGACCAUCCCACAGAAAAAUACAUUUAACAAUCAACAGUCUAAUGAUGAAGAAUACAAUCUCAGGUCAUCCUCAGGAGAAGAUAUUAACAGCAGCUCCCAAGUCUCUGAAAAGAGCAUUGACAAUGAGAGCACUUUGACUCUAAAAUCCCAAACAAAUACAGAAAGACAAGGCAUGCUGACAAAUGUACAAGAAAUUGAUCAAACAGAGGAGAUUAUUGAAAGAAUAUCUAAUUCAGCAACCCCUGAUAUUGCAAGUAGGGUCCGUUGGACACCAGAGAAUGAUGUAGAAGAAAAUAUACAAGAGAGCAACGUUCUUUUAGCUGUCCAAGAAAAUGACAGUAAUGUUAAUCAAAAGCUUACUGACCGUAAGGAAGACACAUGUUCAGGAUCCCCAUCAUCAGAGCAAAUAUUAACAGAAAAGGUCUCUCAAGAUCCUUAUCCUGUCUGGGUUCUGAAUCUAUUGAACAGCAUAGAAAAAGAAUUUAUGACACAUUAUGUCAAUGCAAUGGUGGAGUUUAAGGUACGCUGGAAUUUAAAUAACAAUGAGCAGCUUGAUGUCAUGAUAUGUGAAUUAAGAGAUGAAGUCCAUAAAAGAAUACAAGUCAGCAUAAAUAAUGAGCUCAGAAAAAUCCAGGGGCAUGUAGGAAAACCCAGGCCACCAAAAGAAAGCAUGUCACGUGAAUCAAGUAUUUUAACUGAACAAAGGCGUCGACGUCUCAAAGUAAAUCUCAAUCAGUCCACAGAUUCAGCAGCAAGAACUGGUCAUGAUGAUGGCAACACAGCAAAACUGAUGAGUGAAUUUAGUGAUGAACAAAAUGAUGAUGAAUACUGCCCAUGUGACACUUGUAUGAAAAAGAAAAUGCUAUUAAGACCUGUUUUUACCACAGAGGUUCGAAAUUCUGCUCCAUUGAUGACAGACUUUGAUUUGAGAAAAAUUCUCCAUUUAAAAAGAAAUCCUCUGUCAAAUAGCACAGUAAAUGUGAAGGAAACUGAAAAUAUGGAACAACACGCAGAGGAUGGAAAUGUGGCUGAAGAUGUUUGGCUUCAGCGUUUCAUGAAGGAGAAGACACAGCCCGGGUUCACAGAACAAAAACAAAACAGAUCUGACACAUUAAAUUAUAAAGGUUUGGAGAAAGAAUAUUCACAGGUUGUUGUGGGAAGCAAGCCCCAGGAGGUAAGGAAGGGAGGAUCUUGGAGUUCUCCUGAGGAUGAUGUUUCUGAUACACAACCAAACAAAUUAAAACAACUACAAAGCAAUAAUACCUCUAAGGCUCUUGAGCAAGAAAGUCUUGCAGCUGGUGGUGAGCAUCAGGAGAUAGCCAGUGCAGAUUCAACUGCAGAAGAAGAAAAUGCUCAGAGUGGACCAGCAGAUAUGGGAAGUGAUAUAAUAACAGAAGAUGAAGAGGAAGUUUGUAAUAACCCGAUCGAAGGGAAAGGGUCUAUGGAAGGUGAAACUGUAAGUGAAAAGCAUUCAAUAGAAGCUGGAACUGCAAGGGAAAACUUGAAGGUUGAGGCAGAGACAGUUGGAGAACAGGAAGCAGCUGACAGAGAAUCAACAGAUGGAAAGGGGACUGAAGAUAAUGAAACAGGAGAUGAAACAGCAGAAGAUAAAACAGAGUCAGUGGGAGAAAGAACAAGUGAAGAAAAUCAAGCUGCAAAAGGAGAAAUUUCUGAACCUGAACCUGUUAAAAAAGGAGAAAUUCCUGAUGAUGAUGAAGAGAUGAAGGAGAAUGCAAAAAACGAAACUACAUGGAAGGAAUCUGAGGGUUCUGAUAUAGCAGUAGAAGCAGAAUUAUUUAAAGGGGAAGAUGUAACAGAUGAAGAAGCUGAUAGGGCAGAAACAGAAAAAAAUGUACCUGUAAGUACAAGUAAUGAAGAAAGAGAUGCCAACAAGUCAGCUGAGGAAGAUAUAAAGAAAAUAAGCAAAGAGAGUGGGGAAGAUGAUCUACUUGAGGAGGAAAAAAUUAGCGAACCUGCAGAAGAUGGAGAUAUAACUGAACAGGAGGCUGCAGAAGGAGCUUAUCCAAUGAAUGAUGAAUCAAAAAAAGAAGAAGAAACAGACAAUGAUGAAAUAGAUGCUGAAGUAAAGACAACCGAAGCUGAAACGGUAGCAGAUGAAGAACCAGCAGAUGCAGAAACAAACAAGGCUCAAACAGAUGAUACAGCUGAAACUCCUACUGCUAAAUUUGCUGAAGAUGGAGAGAUAACUAAUGAUGAAACUGCUGAUGAUGAAGGAGUAGAUACUGGUAAUAAGGUCAUUUCAGAAACACCUUGUAAUGAAACAGUAGAUGAAACUAAAUUCAAGACCACCGAUUAUGAAGAAAUGCAUGAUGAUAUAAUAUCAGAUGAUGGAGAGGCUGUUGUAGUUGCAGAAGAUGAAGAGACAGCUGAAACAGCAGAAAAAAAUGGAAAUGAUGAUGAUGACGAUGAUGAUGAUGACGAUGAUGAUGAUGACAUUGACAAUAACAAUGCCAACGAUGAUGACAAUGACAAUGAUGAUGAUGAAAAAUCAGAAAAACCAGACAGGGCAGAAGAAAUAAUUGAUAAUGAAAUAGUUGAAGAUGCAAAAGAUAGUGAGACACCAAAUGACAACAAAGCUGAUGAUGAAACAACAGAAGAUGAAGAGAAACCAAGUGACAACACAGUUGAUGAAACAACAGAAGAUGAAGAGAAACCAAAUGACAACACAGUUGAUGAUGAAACAACAGAAGAUGAAGAGAAACCAAAUGACAACACAGUUGAUGAUGGAACAGCAGAAGACAAUGAGACACCAAAUGACAACAAAGCUGAUGAUGAAACAACAGAAGAUGAAGAGAAACCAAGUGACAACACAGUUGAUGAUGAAACAACAGAAGAUGAAGAUAAACCAAAUGACAACACAGUUGAUGAUGGAACAGCAAAAGAUAGCGAGACACCAAAUGACAACAAAGCUGAUGAUGAAACAACAGAAGAUGAAGAGAAACCAAAUGACAACACAGUUGAUGAAACAGCAGAAGACAAUGAGACACUAAAUGACAACACAGUUGAUGAAACAGCAGAAGACAAUGAGACACUAAAUGACAACAAAGCUGAUGAUGAAACAACAGAAGAUGAAGAGAAACCAAGUGACAACACAGUUGAUGAAACAACAGAAGAUGAAGAGAAACCAAAUGACAACACAGUUGAUGAAACAGCAGAAAACAGUGAGACACUAAAUGACAACAAAGCUGAUGAUGAAACAACAGAAGAUGAAGAGAAACCAAGUGACAACACAGUUGAUGAAACAACAGAAGAUGAAGAGAAACCAAAUGACAACACAGUUGAUGAUGGAACAGCAAAAAAUAGCGAGACACCAAAUGACAACAAAGCUGAUGGUGAAACAACAGAAGAUGAAGAGAAACCAAAUGACAAUGCAACUGAUGGUGGAACAGCAGAAGACAGUGAGACACCAAAUGACAACGAAUCUGAUGAUGAAACAACAGAAGAUGAGGAAACACCAAAUGACAACGAAGCUGAUGAUGGAACAGCAAAAGAUGAAGAGAAACCAAAUGACAACAUAGUUGAUGGAACAGCGGAAGAUAGUGAGACACCAAAUGACAACAAAGCUGAUGAUAGAACAGCAAAAGAUGAAGAGAAACCAAAUGACGACACAGUUGAUAAUAGAACAGUAGAAGAUAGCGAGACACCAAAUGACAACAGAGCAAUUGUAGGAAAAGCAGAAGAAUCUGACUUGGAAGAAGUUGACGAAACAACUGGAGCUGAAACAGCAGAGGAUGGAGAACAACAAGAUAACGGAAGAGCAAAUGGGCAGAUGGGUGAUGAUGAAAUAACUGAUGAUGAAGCGACCACUGGAACUGAAGAUGAAGAGAAUAAAGAGACAGCUGAGGCUAAAACAGGAGAAAAUAAAGAAACAGCUGAUAGUGGGACAACAGAAGACAGAGAUACAGCUGAUGAGAGUGAAACAGAUGAUGAAGAGCUUUCUGAACAUGAAAUAGCACAUAAUAGGGAAAUAGUAGAUUGUGGCCAAUCAGAUGACAGUGAAAGUUUAGAAAAUGGAGAAACAGCUGAAGAAGUAAAUGGAGAAACACAUAAAAUUAACACUGCUGAAUCAGUCUUCAAUACAUACAAUAUGAAAAAAGCAAACUCAGAGAUGUUGAGUAUAUAUGUAAGUAAUCCUAGAGAGUCUGAUGAAGGAGGAGAUGAAGCUGAGGAUGAGACUCAACCUGUUGGUGAAACAGAGGGAAGCACUUAUGGGAUAAAGUGUCCUGCUAUGCAGCCAAUGAAAUGUUCACUGCAUAAAGCUGACAUAAAGAUUAAUUCUACUGUGAAGGUGUACCCAAGUUCUGAGGAUGGAGCAGAUGCUGAUGCUGAAGAUUCAGAUACUGAGGUUUAUAACGUAGAUGGCUGUGUGGAAAAUGGGGAAGAAGAUUAAGAUUUUGUCACUGGAUAAAAUUAAACAGGAAGUGAAAUGGAAAUAAUUUACAACUUUGUGUGGAAAAAAGAGGCUUGUAUUGUAGAUCAGGAGAACUAGAAAGCUGAAACCAGACAGAUUACUUGAUCAGACUGAUUAAUAAGUUUCAGCUUUCAUUUCUCUGGCAGUUUCACUGGAAGAUGUUUUUCUGAUUAAAAUCAGGGACCAGGAAAAUGUUCUGAUGAAGAAAAACUGGAUGUAUCCCCCUGCAAGCUUAGAUACAGAUAAGCAAUAUGCACAAAAGGUGAAAGGGAUUAUAUUCAAAAGCAAUACGGAACGGUAUUCAAAAAGGUUAUGUUAUAUUAUGCACUUUAUUCUGUAUUAUUUGCACAGUUUAUUUCUGUUUAAAACAGUUUGCACAGUUCUAUUUCUGUCAGUUAAAAAGCGACCUGAAAGUCAGAUAAAUAAAUGGGAACAUUGUGAUUACAAGAAGAUAAUUGCAUAUAAACAUUUUAGGAUUCAGUUACAUUAACUUCUUCUUUACAUAUUUAAUAUUUUGUGACAGGAAAAACAUUAUGUUCAUUAAACAUCUAAGAAUAACUAUCCCUAUGGGGAAAUAAUUAACUAUGCACUCUAUACUUCGUGUCAUAUGUGUAAAUGUUAAAGGAUGAACAUGUAAAAAAUAUGCAUAGUAUGCUCACCAUCCACUUUAUUAUUUCCUGCAGAAUUCUAAUCAGCCAAUCAUGUGGUAGUAGCAUAAUGCAAAACAAAUAAAUAAAUAAAAUAAAAAAAGCAGAAGCAGGUCAAGAGCUUCAGUUACAUCAAACAGUAGAAUAAUGAAAACGUGUGAUCUCUGUGAUUUUACCUUUGACGUGGAUAUAUGGAUAUUGGUGAGAGAUGAGUUGGUUUGAGUAUUUUAGAAACUACCGAUCUCCUCUGAUUUGGGUGAAGAAUAGAACCUGAUGUAGUAUUCUUCUGAUCUAUCGACCUCAAGUUUAGAAGUUUUGUGCAUGCUGAUUUGCUUUUUUACUCACCAUCUUCACUCAUCUUCUUAUCAAUAUAGUGUUUCCACCCAAAGAUCUGUUACUCACUCAUUUUAUUUCUGUCUACUGUCUAGAGACUGCUGUUUAACGAAAACUCUUGACAUGCAUCUGGCAGAAUUGACAUAAUAAUUCUGAUGCUACAUGAUUGUCUGUUUGGAUAACUGCAUACAUGUACAGUACAGGUAUACAGGUGUUUCUAUUAAAGUGGUCAUAAAAUUCAUGUUAAAUUGUGAAACUAUGUGCAGUAUACACUGGUGCAUAUAUCUGCUUUAGA